GCGCGCGCGGGAGACCGGCGCAGGACCGCAGCGCGCGCGCGCCCCGUGUCCCUCUCCUCCCCGUUGCUCCCUGUCGCCGACUGCAGCCCUGGGCCCCGCCAUGGGGAACGUACCGUCCGCGGUGAAGCACUGCCUCAGCUACCAGCAGCUUCUCCGGGAGCAUCUCUGGAUCGGCGAUUCAGUGGCAGGGGCGCUCGACCCCGCGCAGGAAUCGUCCCAGUUAUCUGGACUUCCUGAGUAUGUUAAAAUAGUAGAAGUUGGACCUCGGGAUGGGUUGCAGAAUGAAAAGGUUAUAGUUCCUACAGAUAUAAAAAUUGAAUUUAUCAAUCUACUUUCCCAAACUGGCUUGUCUGUAAUAGAAGUGACCAGCUUUGUGUCUUCCAGAUGGAUACCACAGAUGGCUGAUCACACAGAAGUGAUGAAAGGCAUUCGUCAAUAUCCAGGAAUCCGGUACCCUGUCCUGACUCCUAAUCUUCAGGGUUUCCACCGUGCUGUUGCUGCUGGAGCCACUGAGAUAUCAGUUUUUGGUGCUGCGUCUGAAUCCUUCAGCAAGAAGAAUAUCAACUGUUCAAUUGAAGAAAGCAUGGAGAGGUUUGAGGAGGUCGUGAAGUCUGCAAGGCACAUGAAUAUUCCAGCACGAGGGUACGUAUCUUGUGCCUUGGGAUGCCCGUGUGAAGGAAGCGUCACGCCGCAGAAAGUGACUGAAGUGUCUAAGAGAUUGUAUGGCAUGGGCUGUUACGAGAUCUCCCUGGGAGACACGAUUGGCGUGGGGACUCCGGGAAGCAUGAAGAAAUUGUUGGAAAGUGUCAUGAAGGAAAUCCCGCCGAGGGCUCUUGCUGUUCACUGUCACGACACAUACGGACAAGCCUUAGCGAAUAUCCUCACGGCCCUUCAGAUGGGGAUUAAUGUGGUGGACUCCGCAGUGUCGGGGUUAGGUGGUUGCCCUUACGCAAAAGGUGCUUCUGGGAACGUAGCCACUGAGGAUCUGAUCUACAUGCUUAAUGGCCUGGGGCUCAACACAGGUGUGAAUCUUUACAAAGUGAUGGAAGCUGGUGACUUCAUCUGCAAAGCUGUGAAUAAAACUACAAACUCUAAAGCAGCACAAGCCUCCUUCAGUGCUUGACUUCAGUGGAUGCGUGACUGAAGGCCAACAAGAUUGAUUUCAAGUGCAGAGAUCCGCCUGAGAAGCGUGCCUGUCAACUCGUCCUGAAGUGCGAUAUAAUAGACAACAGAGGACAGAGGAGAUCCUUUGAAAAAGAGUACUCCUGGAUAGAUUGCGAGGUAGACGCUCAGUCUUCAGGUAAAUGGCAAGCCGAGGCCCAAUAAUAAAAUUUGUAGACAUGAGACAUGCUUGGAACUUGGAGAAAAGUCUACUCUUUCGCGCGUAUAGAAAUAACUUUUUAAUUUAGUAGACGUGGAAAUGGACUUCAGGUUUUCCCUAAGUGUCAAAUACUGUGUUAAUACUUAAUCAAGCUGGCUUAGCACAGUGUACGCACUGUCAGUAGUUUACGAGCUCCCGCGUAGUGUGCAGAGUGUGUGGCCUCCAUUCUGUGUGCUGUGCCUCUGGGUCUCAGUUUCACAUUCGCCAAGUCAGUUAAAUUAUGGACCAAGCGCCCGAGCUCCAUCCGACCCUACAUAAUUUUUAGCAAUAGAACUUUGAUUUUUCAAGUAUGCUAACAUCUGUUCACUAUUUCAAUGGCUUUACCUUGUUCCAAGAGGUGGUGGUCGAUGGCCAGAUGCCAUAUCCUGGAAACAGAUUACCUCCCAUGUUUGUCACGUGCGUCCAGCUCAUCAUACUUUCUUUUCAUCAGUUGUAGUAAAAACCGGCGUGGUGUGACUCAACUAUCGUGAAAUGCGAGGUACAACUUUCAUCCCGAUGUCUAACUUGCGGUGGUGAGGCCAGGUUGCUACGUGUACCAUAUCCACUUUUAUAAUGUUCAGAUCACUUCCAGAUUGUCCGAGAAAGGUCGCUGUCCUCCUAAGAAUAUUGAGGCAGUUAUUAAUUUAUGAAAAAAAAAAACCCGUGUUUUUCAUUGACUCAGGGGAGUUUGAUUACAUCACAUCAUUCUGAAGGGCGUUGACUUUUUAUGGUUAUUUUUAAUGUUGAAGUGGCUGAAAUAUUACUUUUUAUAAUAGACAGCGUUGCCAGAAAUAGCAGAAUGUACCAUUUCAAAGUUGAGAAGAGGCCCAGGAGGGCUAUGUUAAGAAAAAAACAUUUCUGGCAAAUCCUUUGGGAACAGCACUACUACACAGGGUUCUGAAACGAAGGUUACACUAUUUCCGUAGGCUUCUCCGGUGAUUCUGGGCGAUCUUAUCUUUGAAUAAAUUUGAAUAUAACUAGGAAUAUGAAAGCGAACAUUGUGGACUUGCUCUUAAAUAUUCAUCAAGACCACAGGAAUAAAAAGAAAUUCGAGACAACGAGAGAAAGUGCCGAUUACCACGAAGUCAACUUUAAAGAUUGUACAUCGGUAAGAAAAGAAUCACGUGGGAAACAUACUGGAAGUUGACAAGGAAGGGUGACAUCACUAGGGACCUUUUGGGAAAUGCAGAAUCCGGGGCUCCACUCUGGACAAACUGUAUCGCAGUCUGCAUUUUUAAAGAAGAUCCUUGCAGGACUUCUAUGCCCUUGAAAGACUGAGAAGCAGUUGCCUGUUUGACACCUCCGCUUGGGUAUCUAACAGGUGUUUGAAGCUUGGUGUAUUCGAGAUUCCUGGUGCCACUUCCUCUUGUGCGUUGUGUCUUGUUGUAGCCUGUUGUCUCUUCUCAGCUCCUGGAACGAGUCAGCCUGGGACCCAUCACAGGUCCUUUACCCAGUUAUCAUCUCUGCCCGUUAUGUUCUUUCCCUGGUCAUGACUGGCGCCUGGUCGUUCAGGUCCCGGCAUAAACAUCACCUCCUUAAUGAGUCUUCCCCGACAACUCAGUCUAGAAUAAGGCCUCGGUUGCUUUCUCUCCCAUCAGCUUGUUUCAUUUUCAUUAUUUAGUCUUUAACUCUUUAUUUGCCUAUCUAGUUGUUUAUUUUCUUUCUUUCCCCCGCAGAAUGCAUGCUCCAAGAAAACAAGGGCUUGGCUGUGUUCAUCAUUCCUUAGGGCCUGGUGUAAUCCGUGUUUAAUACACAGUGGUUAGGAGGGAAAAAAAUAGAAAUGAGUUUAAUUCAAACAAGAAGAAGGGAAGAAGGAGAGUAUGUGACACAGAUGUCCCCUCACCUGCCGCCUUCCUCCCCUUGGCUUUGUUUCCUGGCUCCAUAAGGUGGAAAAGCCAUGUGAACAGGUCAUUGUCAGGAUUUCUCCAGGAGGCUUGAAUCCAACAGAUUUCACCAGUUUUCAAUAUGUGGUAUCCCUCACGAGUAUUAUAGCAUAAAGGUAAAUUAAAGUGAGUGUUAGAGGCAGCCAUGAUGAAAGGUUAAAAAUAAUGCGUCAGUUGCAGGAAGGAGACACCAAAAUGCCCAGCCCCAGGAGAGAGGCGGUAUAGUGGACUUCACUCAUCCAUCCAUCCUGAGUGGUCCCCCGGCAUCAUCUGAUCUGUUACUCGAUGGCUAUGCAACCUCCAUCAAUUUACUGAUACUUUUAAACCUCACUUAAAACCUCUCUUCCUUCACCUGUAAAAAUUAGAUAAUAAUGUUGGGAGGAUCUCAUGAAAUGAUGCUUACAAGCGUUUGGCAGGGUGCCGGCCAGUGGUCAAUAAAUGUUACCUCUCAUCAUUUUUAUUCCUCUUUUCUAUGGCACUGCCGUGGAGGGGAACUUCUUUUCCAUCAUGACUUGUUUAACCCUCAGGGAGGCUGUGAUAAAAGAUCACCCUGCAUUCUGUCCCAUGUAAAGGGUGCAUUGUCUUAGAGGGCGUAUGGUGCUCCCGAAAGAGACAGCUCAGCCGUAAACCCAAAACCAUGUAAUCUUAAAUUGGCCGCAAAGUCCCAUGUGUCACUUAUCACACUGCAUCACUGAGCGUUGCCUUCUGAGCUGCCUCUUUCCCGUGUUUCGCGUGACUGUAGUUACAGUAGGAACGUGUAAUGAGACUUCUGCUGAGCGACUCUGUCUAAAGGGCAUUCUAGCAAGCUUAGUCUCCAAACCCUGCAUCACCUAAAGUCAGAAAUUCCACCAACAUUAGGAAUUUAUUUCCACUCUUUUGGCAGCUGCACAAGUGAGCAGGUGGUGGGUUGGUUUCUGCCACCAAAAUGGAGUUGCCAGUGUUUCCUUGAUGGGCCACGGAGGUAGGGCAGACCUCUCCCUUCUCCUCCUUCUACGUGCUUCCAUUAUGAAGUUGUGUGCUUAGUUGAAGAAGACGAUUCUUUGUUUCCAUGGGAGCCAUCCAUCCUCUGACCUAACUGAGCUGUCGUGUCAAGCUUAUGUGGCUUUGGGAAAGAGUUACACCCUUCUAGGAAUUGAGAGGUAAUAUCUCAGAACUUCUGGUGACUGUUUCAUCCAAACUUUCCUUUCUCCAGAUAGUCCUUUAAUGCCUCAGUCACUGGUAAAGUUGACCAACAACACAUCAUGGGUCACCAGACCAUUGUCCUGAAUCAUCUGAAUCCUGAAAAGCUGCCUCUGAGUCAGAAGGUUUCACAAUGGCUUCUGUCUGUACAUGGAUGCUAAUGCACUGGCUUGUUGGGCAGACAUUCUGGGUGCUUUCUGAGAAGCCUGUGUCAUUACAAAGAAAAGAAACACUGCCUGCUCUUCCGUUUUCCCCAGGAGUUUCACCCAGAUGUAACCAGAUCACCUGGAAGUCAGCUGACAAAAUUCACAUUCUGAAUAUGUGUAUCUUCCAAAGGAGCAGGAAGCAGUGGAAUCGGAAAACCAGUGUCUGGAUAUUUCUUUCUUUCCUUCCUUCCUUUCUUUCUUCCUUUCCCUUUUAAAAAUAGUUUACUUGGAAAUAUUUCCAUUAUUAGAGUUAUUUUUGCCAAAACAAUGUAUGCCCCCCCCCCAAAAAAAAACUUGUCUUCUCACUUUAAAACAACAUUGGAAAGUGAUUCUUUUACUUUGUCUAAAAAUCUUCUAACAAGACCCCCAGUAGUUUUCUUUUUAAAAUUCAUUUGCUUAAAAUAUAAAAAUCCAAUUUCUCCUGGUAAAUUUGCAAGGACUGUUUUAUACACACACACACACACACACACACACACACAUAUACAUAUAAUGUGAUCAUUACACAUGUAGUAAAGUGCCAUGAAGGAGAAACUCAUCUUUCUCUAAUGGGAGAUGGUAGAGGAUGUGACCUUGCCAAGUGUUUCCAUCCACAGGACAUGAGUGAAGAGAUGAGACCUGCAGGAAGAAUUAAGUUACUAAAUAUAGAAGAGGAGGGAAAGGGCCAUUUUACCUGAAAGGACCACGAUGUGUAAAGACCCUUUGGAAAGAAGGGGAAUGAUGCAUCCAGGGAACUCAGGGAAGGCUAGUUUGACUGAAGCAGAGGGGAGACAGGGGAAUGGGGGUGGUGGACGCAGUUGGCUAAUACAGAGUUUGUAAGUGAUCACAUACAGGACUUCAGCUGGGCAGACACUUGGGAGUUAUGUUUACAGCCUCAAACUUCUACAACCAUGUGCUCAGUGCUAAGACAUAGCAAUCACCCUUUGCAUCUUCGUAUUAAUUUGGGAAAAGAAAGCAGAAAUUUAAAAGGGACUAAAUUGCUUAACAGGAAUUAAUUUUGCCAUGGGAUAUGUCACUAUUCCAAAAAAUGUGUCCCAACACUUGACUCGUUAGAUCUAAAUAAAUAUAAAAAGGUGAGAGAUUAUCUUUCCUCCUAUUGACUAUCUGUUAAGGACCAUUUGGAAUGAGAACCAUAUUUUUAAAAUUUUUAAAUUACCUUGAUACAUUUGUAAUGCGAGGAAGGGAAUGAAUGGUCAACUCCUUUCCCAUUAUUGGUCGUCAAGUUGAUUUUCUCCUGGAGGUGAGGGGCUGUAGUAAUUAUUGCAAGAGGAAAUUAUUAUCUUUGAACAAUACUCAGAUGUGAGCUGGAUCUUUGGAUCAGGAUACUCAGAUGUGAAUCAGAGGGCAAAAUUGUAAAAUAUGCCCUAGAAAACAAAGAGGGUAUAGUAACAAACGAGAGAUGUGCAGUGAAGGCUAAAGAAUGAGUAACUGUCAUGACUUGAUGUUGUCCUGUUCUGCCCUGGAUGAUAAACUAAAUAUGCAAGAGCCUGAAAGACUAUGCUUUUGGAACAAUAAGAAAAAGAAAAGAUGAGAUUAUCCUCUUGUUAGGUUUCACCUGUCUUUGAAAAAUGUUUCGUAGACUUAGGGUUCAGUCCGGGAGAUUGUUUGAGAAUGGCUGGAUCAUUUACGUUUGGGAGAAUUUAUGCAUUUGAGAAGAGCUUUUAUAAGCCCUGGUCUGCAAGCCUUAAGUUAAAAUUCCAUGUCUUGUUGCCUAGAAAUGUCAUUUAGUCACAUAAAUUAUGGGUUUGAAUUUCUUUGUGAUUCUCAAAGCACCAAAAACAGUUCUCACAAACUGGUUGUGAAGUUCUUUAUUUAUAUGAAGUUAUCUUUUGUGAGUUUGUAGGCCUUUUUCAGGAAUAUUGGCUUUGUUCUAGACAGUAACCUGUAUUAGAAGUUUUCAAGUCUACAGUUCUUUGUAGAAUCAUGUCAAGGUGAGCCAACAGCAAGUACUUAGGGUGGAAUUAAUAAGAGUUUUUAUUGAUUCAAGGUGCUUUGCACCAGCUGUCAGACAUGGACCAGACUCCUUAGCUAUUCUUUACUCUGAAUUCAUAAAGAAUUACAUCCCCGUAGGACAGUUUUAAUUGGAAGCACAUUUUCCCCCCAUCAGGCAAACUCAGGGUCACAACAGGUAACCUGAAAGAUUGUUCCACCAUAUGUUAGCCCCAGAAAAUAUAUUCCCUGAAUAUCACGCUUCACGAGGGUCGAAGAUUACAUAAGUCUUAAGAUAAACUUCCCAUCAAGUCAGUUUACCAUAAACCGAAUGGUUGGGUUUCAGAUGAAGGCAAGAUGCAAUUUAGAUUCUGGUGUACAUUAGGAAAAUGAAGAUUACGUUAUCCACCUGGUCGAGUGCCUGUGACUUUUAUGCUAAGCUUCAGAGUGAGUAUGCUUCAAGAUAUUCAUGGAUGAACAUAAUAUAUGGUUAUAUGUUCUGGAAACCAGAAAAUGUAAGGCUUUUUGUUAUAGUGAAGUUAAA